AUGCCGUCACUCAAUUUUCUAACUAUUUUCUGCCUUGUUAUUAUUGUUCGUUAUAACGCACAAGGUGAGCAAUCAUCAUUUUCAACGAAUUUACCUUUAAUGUAUAUCACUUUCCAACUCUUUUUUAUUAAUUAUAAUACAUUAUUCAUAGUCCAAGGGUAAUAUAAAAAGGGAAUAAAGUUUAAACAUUAUAUUAAAAAAAACGUUUAUUUCGGUAAAUACAAUCUAAUGGAUUCUAGGAAAAGUUUGCUUUUGGUUUCUUACUUGAUCCGCCAGUUUCUAUUGUAAUUUAUCAAAGGGAAUCCAUCAAAUUCGAACCCCCGACACUUUACAUCGUUUCAUUUGAUCGAUGACUUCAGAUUGCAUCCUAACCAAAGAUCCAGGACAUCCCUGUGAAGAGGGAUCAGCCGAAAGGAGGUUCUACUAUGACACCAGAAUGGGAGUUUGUCAGCCUUUUAAUUAUCUCGGCUGUGGAGGUAAUGGGAAUAACUUUGAGUCAUCAAAACUCUGUAAAUCAAGCUGUGGAAAGGACAAAGUGGCUAAAUCAGGAAGCAGUGGGAUCACUACUAAGCCUAAAAGCACGGGACACGCUCAGUGGGUUCACGGUGAGUUACAGUAAUCUUGAUGAUUUUACAGUAUACUAUGUAAUACGCACAAAAUAAUCAAAUAAUUUAGCUGAAAAAUGUGGUGCAACCCAUCUAAUCCCAGACGGAAAAAUUGAGGAGUGCCGAGUCGGAAAAUCUUCAUGCCCUGAGGGUCACAAAUGCAAAAAUGGCUUCUGUUGUCCAACGAAGGGUAAAAUAAUAUUGUAAAUCAAGUAAAAAUCACUUUUAGACUAUGUUUGCUCCCUACGCGACGACACUGGCACUUUCGCUGAUGGAAUCGAGGAUAAACCGCGUUUUGCCUGGAGCGAUGAGAUCCAAAGUUGCUGGCGAUUCUCUUACUACGGAGCCCGAGGCAAUUACAACAACUUCGCCUCAUUCCGCGACUGUAUAAACUUCUGUGGAGGAAAUUGA